GGCAUCCGAACAGCAUCAUCUGAAAUAUCGAAGAGGCGCGGAAGCAAGUUUGUUUGUUGGGGGUCACAAGUCACAACAACAAUGCCUAAGCAGAUCCACGAGAUUAAGGAUUUCCUUCUGACGGCGCGGAGGAAGGAUGCACGGUCGGUGAAAAUCAAGAGGAGCAGGGACGUUGUUAAGUUCAAGGUGCGAUGCUCCAAGUAUUUGUACACACUUUGUGUCUUUGACCCUGAGAAAGCUGAUAAAUUGAAGCAAUCCCUUCCUCCUGGUUUGAGCGUUCAAGAUCUUUAAACAACCGUUUCUUUUCUCUGUAUUUCCUUCUCUAGCUUCUGUUACUUGGUCUUGUAUUUUGAUAAUUGCUACGAGGACAUGAUUGUUUUUCAUUUAUUAUGAAAUGUGAGACUUUGAUUUUCAGCGCUGUGGAAUUACACAUAAAUUUCUCUCCUACUUUAUACUAUCAAAUGUGGCCUUUUCUGUGA